AUUUAUACAUUUAGGUGUUGGAAACAUUUAUUUUGAAAACUAAAAAUACGAGAAACGAUUUUCCGGUUACGACAGUGACGUGGUCCUCGUUUCCGCCGGCGCCUACCUGAUUGGUUUUCAUUUUGGUCUCAAAGUUCAAUUUAUGCAGUCCUUAGUAAUGAAGAGCUCCAAGGAAGCCGUGCAGUCAGCAGCUAAAGAGUUUUUGCAGUUUGUCAACAGAGGCGUGUCUCCAUAUCACGUGGUGGAAGAAUGCCGGAAGCGACUGCUUGAGGCGGGGUUCAAGGAGUUGAAGGAGAUGGACAAGUGGGACAUCCAACCGUCCAGCAAGUACUUUGUGACCCGGAACUUCUCCAGCGUCAUCGCCUUUGCUGUGGGGGGAUGCUACUCACCUGGAAAUGGCUUCUCCAUGAUCGGAGCCCACACUGACAGCCCCUGUCUCCGGGUGAAGCCGAGGUCCAAGAAAACAAAGCAAGGCUGCCUUCAGGUUGGCGUGGAGUGCUACGGUGGAGGAAUCUGGAACACCUGGUUUGACCGGGACCUGACCAUUGCGGGCCGUGUCAUGGUUAAGGGUGAUGGCAGGCUGCUCCAUCGGCUGGUGCACGUGCCACGACCUCUCCUCAGGAUCCCUCACCUUGCCAUCCACCUCCAGAGGGACAUCAACGACUCCUUUGGGCCUAACAAGGAGAAUCACCUUGUGCCCAUUCUGGCCACAGCUGUUCAGGAAGAGCUGGAGACAGGCAGCGUGUCGUCAGGGGACGUCAUCAGUGGUGCCAACACACUAAAGAGUGCAGACAAACACCACCCAGCCCUGGUGAACGUUUUGUGUUCGGUACUGCAAAUCGAGCCUGAAGCCCUGCUUGACUUUGAGCUCUGUCUGGCUGACACUCAGCCGGCGGUGCUGGGAGGCGUGUAUGAAGAGUUCGUUUACUCUCCUCGCCUAGACAACCUGCACAGCUGCUACUGCGCCCUGCAGGGACUGAUUGAAUCCUGCUUGGGAGACACGCUGGCCCAAGAUCCCAACAUCCGCAUGGUGACGCUAUUCGACAAUGAAGAGGUGGGCUCAGGGAGCGCUCAGGGGGCGCAGUCCAACCUCACAGAGCUCAUCCUCAGCCGGCUAGCCAGCUCCCCCUCCAACACCACCGCCUUCCAGCAGGCGGCGCCGCUCUCUUUCAUGAUUAGCGCUGACAUGGCCCAUGCUGUGCACCCAAACUACCAGGAGAAGCAUGAGGAAAACCAUCGGCCAGCGUUUCACAAGGGUCCUGUGAUAAAGUUCAACAGCAACCAGCGCUAUGCCACCACCGCUGUGACUGCCGCAGUUGUCCGCGAGAUCGCCAGCCAGGCAAGCGUUCCUCUCCAGGAUGUGAUGGUCCGUAACGACAGCGCGUGUGGAUCCACUAUCGGACCCAUCCUUGCAGCUCGGCUUGGGGUGCCUGUAGCGGACAUCGGUGCUCCCCAGCUCUCCAUGCACUCAAUCCGGGAGAUGUGCUGUACCUCCAGUGUAUUGCAAAGCAUCACCCUCUUUAAGGCUUUCUUUGAGUUGUUUCCUCACGUGAGGAACACCUUGGUGGUCGAUUAGAUGGGAAUGACCAGCAUGUGGUGGAGACACUGCAGAACAGGCUUGUUGAUGUGAAAUCCAUAUCCUUUGGACACACCUGUAAUUAUACCUGCAAUAAAGGCCAUUCAAAGAUGGAAGUACUGUACAGGUUGUUUCUUUUAUUCUCUUUAAGGAAGGGGCUGGGCUUAAGUUCUGUACACAGUGGCUUGAUUGAAAUGAAACUCUGCACCACAGUAGCACAUGCGGUUUGCAUUGCUUUAUCGCACGCUCAAGGUUGGAGUUCGAAUGUGUUUUGGAAUCCUGGUUUGUGCUUUUUUUUUUUGUGUGUGGGGUACGCCAUGGUCUGGUGCCUCGUGUCUCCCUCUCCAAGUUGUCUUCACUGCAAUCAGCAUCACCUGUGCGGCGCACCUAUUUUCAAUCAGUACUGAUUACUGCCUGCACUUCAAGCCUGUCAAGUCCUGCAGCCUCCGCCUGAGUAUUGACACUUGACUGAAUGAAUUUUUUUCUUUUUCUUUUUGUGGUGUGUGACAAUAACUGUCCUACAACCUAUGAUUGUACUCACUCAAAUGUGUUCUUUACUGUUUCCAGCUGGUCACCUGCUCGCUCAUCAUACUGCCUUGGAUAUCCCACCCGUGUGAUAACCUGCAAUAAACCAUUCUAAAUCUA